AAUAAGGGAGUGUUUUAUGUACGAAGUAUGCCAUAUUUCUGAAACAAUGAUGUUUCAGAAUACUGCCACUUUACUUGGACAUGCAGUUAGAGGACGUACGAUUAUGAUGCUUCAAUUCCCCUGGCUAGGGACCGGCUAUAUGUUGCAGUAAUCAACCAGGCCACAAUCUGAAUCAAACAUGGAUGGGAGGAACUCUAAAGAAGAGAUGCCCCCGAAUGAGGAGGUUGAAGGACUCACAAGCAACCAUAGGCAAGUCAAUGUAGACGAACUCUUCUAGUUGAUGCAAAGUAAGCUGUCAGAACAACGGAAAUUAAUCAGCAAAUCGGCUGGCAGAAACGAUUGCUGCAUUUUCCGGGUACCUCAGGGCUUCACCGAUUCUGAAGUUGACGGCAAGUCGUAUCAACCUCGCACGGUCUCAAUAGGUCCAUACCACCGCGGGAAGCCGCAUCUGAGGGAGAUGGAGAAGCACAAGUGGAGGUUCUUGGAACGAGCGAUACAGAGGACGAGGGUGAAAACUGGCGUGGGUUUGGAGGACUACCUAAAAGCUGUCGAAGGAUUGACAACAGGGGCCAGAGAAUCGUAUUCGGAGGAUAUAACUGCUCUGAAAGGCAAUGAGUUUGUAGAAAUGUUGGUUCUUGAUGGGUGCUUUGUGGUUGAAAUGUUUCUAGCCUUCAACGAGGUGGAUCCCUUUGAUAGAGACGAUCCAUUUCGAUCAAUGCAAUGGAUACGCUCUAGUUUCCACGAGGACUUUCUCUGCCUCAAGAACCAAAUACCAUAUAUCGUACUCCAGAAGCUGUUCGACCUUACUACAGAGGGCUGUGACAUCUGCCCUUCAUUGUUCAAGACGGCCAUCGACUUCUUCUACCUUCAUCCUUUAGGUCACAAGUUCGAAUGGCUACAUCUCCUUGAUUUAGCCCGGAAAAGUUACUUCCCAAAGACUUACGAUGAGCCCCGACGCCACACCCAUUGCAACUUGUGGCUGCUGCAGCGAGCCAAGACCAAGCUGAAGAGAGCCGUAGAAAGGUCCCUGUUGUGGUGUUUCCCAAGGGUCGACUUAGGAUUUACGCCCCCGGAUGUCCGCAGAGUAUGGGCAAUGGAGAGCAUCUCCAAGAUGCGCCGAGUCGGAAUCACGCUGAAAUUGAACAAGGAUGCGUGGAGGUUGAGCUUCCUAGCGGUGAAAUUUGAAAGGGGAGUAAUCUGGAUGCCGGACCUAGAGCUGGACGAGCUGACGUGCGCGUUCUUGCUCAACUGCCUGGCAUUUGAGCAGUGCCGCGGGGGGAAAGACAAGGUGGUGUCAGCGUACGCGAUGUUUCUGAGCUGCAUCAUACGCACGGACAAGGACGUGGACAUUCUGUGGGAGGCCAAUGUCUUGGGCCACUCUUUAGCAACGCAGGGUGAGGUGGUCGCCUUUGUGGCCCGGCUAGGGACGUGCGAUAUCCUUGAAAGCUACCUGAAGCAUGUGUUUCGUAAUGUGGGCAAGCACUACGACAACCAUUGGCACAUUUGGACCAAUUUCAAGUAUGAAAACUUCCGCUCAUACUUCAGCUCUCCUUGGAAAGUCACGUCUCUAUGCGCUGCCCUCUUUCUCAUCCUCCUUACCAUCAUCCAAACUCUGAUCGCCAUUUUGGAAUAUUCCAAGAAAUAGAACACUCCCGUAAAAUGAAAAAGUGGGAGUUAAUUUGGAAUGCAUUUAUGUGUGGCUCGAUUUCCCAGUUUUCCCACUUCUAUUUUCUUCUUUUUUUCUCUCUUCUUCCCUUGCUAUUUUGUAUCCAUGCCCGGUUCUUCAAAAUAGUGGUUUCAAAAUUUCUAUGCAUCAAACUUUGCAACAUUUUCGAUUUCAUCAUAGCACAUGUUUUCCAUUCGCAUACUACGGAAGGUGAAGUUUAUCUUCUUGUUUGACUUUGAACAUCUUAAAAGGUAUUGUUGUUAUAGGCUGAUCUGCAGCCUUAGAUUAUUCUUACAAAAUGAAAAAAAAUCCACAAGAAGUGG